AUGGUAAAACUUCAAUCUCUCUGUCGUGACUUUGAGAUGUUGCAAAUGAAAACCGGAGAAUCGGUACAAGAAUUUCUUUUACGAGUUGCAACGAUUGUUAAUCAAAUGAGAUCUUACGAGGAAGAGAUUUCUGAUCAAACCUCUGUUGUAAAAGUGUUAAGGAGUUUAACUCCAAGGUUUGAUCACGCAAGAUUGAAUCGGGUGAAUGAAAAGACUGAAGAGAAGGCUUUUCAAGUGAUGGGGGAGUCUCCCAAACAACAAGAUGAUUCAAGGCAACAAGUAAAGGACGUGGUAGAGGAGGUUAUCAAAGCAGAGGCAGACUGCUGGAAAAGGAAAAAGCAAGCAAAUUAUGUUAAAGAUGAAGAGGAGAUUAAGCUCUUCAUGGCCUAUCAAGAUGGCACCAAAGCUUCAAGUGGCAUAUGGUUUCUGGACAGCGGCUGUUCCAACCAUAUGACUGGGAUCAAAUCUCUAUUCAAGGAGCUGGAUGAGUCAUGCAAGGUGAAAGUAAGACUUGGUGAUGAUGAACAAAUGCAAGUUGAAGGCAAAGGCACGGUGGCAUUAAGCAAUGGUCAUGGUAACACAAAACUCCUUCACAAUGUCUAUUUUGUUCCUGCUUUAUCAUCACAAAAUCUAUUGAGCAUUGGGCAGUUUAUGGCUAGUGGAUAUUCUAUCAUGUUUGAUGAUGUGUCUUGUGUGAUUAGAAAUAAAAAAUCUAAUUAA